AUGGCACUACCUGAGCCCUUGGCCAAGUCAACUAAAAACAGAGAAGCAUGUGAUCCUGAUGAAGAUUCACCUGAACCUUUGAUCAAGAGAACUCGAAAAAGUGAAGACUUGGACAGUGAAACACCAAGCUACAAAAAGGCAGAAUUACAGGCAAGAGAGAAAGAGCCAUCCUCCCCUUACUCGGAUUAUACAACUGGUGAUGAAGAUGAAGGCGAGACAGAUUCAAGCUGCUGGAGUGAGCACAAAGAAAACGACUCUGCACGUCAUUGGACGUAUAAGGAUCUGAUGAAUUUAAAUAUCAGUUAUGAGAAGACACCCUUGGAAAAUUUUAUCAAAGAAGUGAAAGAUGCAUUUAUGAAUGCGAAAGGUUUUUGCCCUGAUUCCAGCAGAAUGAACAGUGUUUUGAAGAGACAUCUUGAAAAUUUGGCCUUUUCGUACGAUACGACAGAUCUUAGAGAUGAUCGUGUGUAUAGCAAUCCUUACUUUGAGGUGCGCAUGAUACUGAAGGAGAUGAAGAAAUAUUUGCAGCAAUGGAAUAAAAACUCAGAAAAAUUGCUUAAUGAGAACCAAUUUUAUGAAGCGUUGGAUCCAUCUACAAAGAAAAGUGCACAAAAACUGAUAGAUGUGUUGGAUUUUGCUGUGCAGACAUUUGCUGGGGAGACCAUUCAACUUGUCAGAAAGAUACUACUUGAAAAGGAGAGUGAUGAAGGGAGAGGUGGAAGAGCUAGAGGUCAAGGGUCAAAGGGUCAUCAUGGUGGAAAAGCUAGAGAACAGUCCAGAGGAGGGCAAGGGGGAUUACAUGGUUGUCAGGAUACAGAGUUUGUGCAAAUCUCUGGGAAUUUUCUCAAGAAUUACUUUGAUAUAUUUGGGAGAAUGUUCUUUUUAGUUUCAGGUGAAGUACAUGCAGGAUGUUUUACUUUUGAGAACCGUACAGUGUGGACCACACCAGAUAGAGUGUAUAACUACCUCGCUGAUAGUGGCUAUCCUCCAGAUGAACUCUUCUUCAUUGUAGAGGCCAGAAAAGCUGAAAUUUCUCAUGAAGAUUCAACAGAUAUGGAAAAGCUAGUUGGACAAAAUAUCAUGGGACAAGUUGGAUCAGAACUUUUUGGCCAGUCACUACGCUCAUUAUUUUAUCCAAAUUGUCUUGGAAUCCUGUGUAUAGAAACAAAAUUAAUAUUUGUUUUCCUGAAAAUAUCAAAGGAACAUUCAGUCAGCAUACGUAAAGGGGACACAGAAACAACACAAAAUCCAGGGAAGAUUCUGUACACCGCACCAUUUGACAUUCUUAAAGCAGAGGACAGACUGAAAAUAGCUGAGUUCAUGUUCUGGUUGGGAUUUGUACAAGAUCCCAGAAAAUAUGACUUUCUGUGAUAUACAUGUACAUGUAUCUAUAAUAGAUAUUGUUUACCCACUUCUGUUCAUCCGUGUGUUAUUACAUCCCACCCUACGUGUUGUAGAAGGUAUGUUUUUGACCCUUCUGUCGGUCAGCCCUUCAGUCCUGUUCUUGUCAUCACAGCAUCUCUGAUGCUGCUCAACAAAAUUUCAGGAUACUUUGUAGUCACUGUAUACAGGGUUAUUUUUGCCCUUUCACACCUGCAAACAAUUUUGCCCCAUUUUGAAUUUGCCCAGACACAGUUCUGUUUAAGAGAUAAUGCCAUUUUCUUUGAAUUCGCCCUGUUUUAAAUUCACCCAAUUUCGACAAGGGCGAAAAUAAAAUGGGGCAAAUAUUUCCCUGUAUACAGUAAUAGGGACAUAAUGAGCAUAUUCAAAGGAAUUUCUUUUUUCCAUUUUUUUUCUGGAAAUUAUGCCCCUUUCAACCUGGAAGUUUGUCUUUCUUCAGUCCUGUUCUUGUCAGCACAACUCCUCAGAAACCGCUCAACAGAAUUUCAUGAUACUUUUUGGAUAAUAAGGACAUAAUGUGUAGAUAUGCAAAUUCACAGAAAAUUUCAAUUCAUUUUCCUUAUUUUUUGAAGAUAUGUCCCUUUUGAACUUACAGAAGUUUGGCUAAGCUUAAAUACAUGUAUACUAUUGUCAGUUCAACUCCCCUGAAAAAGCUCAGCAGAAUUUCAUGAAAAUUUGUAGUUAAUAAGGACAUAAUGUGUAAAUUCAAAGGAAAUUC